AUGGCUGCCAACGAGUACUACAGCAACAACUACUCGCAAAAGCCCCAUCCACCGAUACCUCACGAUAAUGACAAUAACGGUGACCCAUGGAGUCAUCAGCAGGCCUCUUCGCCUACUGCGACGCCGGGCGGAUAUGGUCACAACUAUGACAACGGCAGCAGAUACGGCCACUACCACUCGAAUUCAGACAACGAUAUGGGGGAUAGCCGGAUGGGCCAUAACAACGACUACUACUCAGAAGAUAUCCCCCUCAAGCCAAAUGCUGCUAACAACAGCAAGCCCGACUGGGCAGACGACACGAGAUACCAUCCGUCUUCGCACGACUUGCCGACCGAGCCUUUGAAUCUCAGUGAUCCCGUCAGACGGCCGUCUCGAAGGAGGAAGCAGGGAUACUUUGCAAAGAAGAUUGCCUGGGUUACCUAUAUAACAUCACUGGUGCAGAUAGUCGUAUUUAUCGUCGAGCUUGUUAGAAAUGCCCAGUUAACAGGAUCUCCCAUCAUGACAAAACCCUCCUUCAACCCUAUGAUCGGUCCAUCACCCUACGUCCAGAUAAAUCUAGGAGCUAGAUUCGUUCCUUGCAUGCGUAAUGUGGAUAAACUCCAAAACAGUCCCGAUCCCGUCGUCUUUCCUUGUCCAAAUACGACCACCACGGAGCCCAAAUGUAGGCUCUCCGAGCUCUGCGGAUUCGACGGUGUACCUGAUCCGAAACCAGGUGGGAGCCUCGACGACAAGCCUGAACCAAACCAGUGGUUCCGUUUCAUUGUACCAAUGUUCCUCCAUGCCGGUCUCGUACACAUCGGUUUCAACCUUUUUGCCCAGCUAAGUAUUGGCGCUGAUAUGGAGAGGGCUAUUGGCUGGUGGAGAUACGCGAUCGUCUAUUUCUCCAGCGGGAUAUUCGGCUUUGUGCUAGGCGGAAACUUUGCAGCUCCUGCCAUCGCGUCCACCGGAGCAUCUGGCUGCCUCUUUGGCAUCUUCGCUCUCUGUGUCCUUGACCUCUUCUACACUUGGGGCAAGAAGCAGAGACCAUGGGUUGACCUAAUGUUCAUGCUAAUCACGGUAGCAAUCUCAUUUGUCUUGGGUCUGCUCCCGGGCCUGGACAACUUUUCUCAUAUCGGCGGCUUCCUUACCGGUUUGGUACUAGGAAUCUGUAUCCUUCGGUCACCAGACACCUUGCGAGAACGUAUCGGAGUCAAGACUCCCUACGUCUCUAUGGGCGGUAACGUGGGAGCCGAUGAAGAUCAAAAGAAGUUCUACAAGCAACCAGUCAGCUUUUUCCAGGGCCGUAAACCACUGUGGUGGGGAUGGUGGCUACUCAGAGCUGGCGCCUUGAUAGGCAUAAUCGUUUCUUUUAUCGUCCUUAUCAACAACUUCUACAAGUACCGUACCACAUGUUCAUGGUGCAAGUACUUGUCAUGCUUGCCCAUUAGCAACUGGUGUGAGAUUGGCGACUUUACGACCACACCAAUCUCAAAGAACACACGAAAUUUUCCGUUUUAG